AUGAAGGGCCUAUCUUGGCCACAAUGCUGGACUCUCGCCUCCUUGUGCAUCUCCCUGAUCACUUUUACCGGGAUGGCACAGGGACAGGCCUCAGCACAGGAUAUAGUUACGUGGGACAAGUACUCAAUCUCAGUCCAAGGGGAGCGUCUUCUUCUUCUUUCUGGUGAAUUUCACCCCUUCCGCCUUCCCUCCCCUGGCCUGUGGCUGGAUGUAUUCCAAAAGGUUCGUGCCUUAGGGUACUCGUGCGUUUCAUUUUACGUGGAUUGGGCACUCCUCGAGGGUGAACCUGGUCAAGUCAGAGUCGACGGGGUGUUUGCCUUGGAGAAAUUCUUUGCGGCCGCUAGCGAAGCCGGUGUCUACCUAAUUGCGCGGCCAGGACCCUACAUUAACGCCGAGGUAUCCGGGGGUGGGUUCCCCGGAUGGCUAUCGCGACUUAAAGGCCGAGUGAGAUCAUCGGACAAAGACUAUGUAGAUGCCAUUACGCCAUACAUUACGACCAUUGGAGGCAUUAUUGCGAAGGCACAAGUCACAAACGGUGGACCGGUCAUUCUCCUGCAGCCUGAGAAUGAGUACUCCCUGUGCGAGGCUUCGUCUGACACAUCCUGCCUUGAUAAGGAGUAUAUGGCCUACAUUCAGAAACAAUAUCGAAAUGCAGGGAUCGAGGUCCCGUUUAUCGUGAACGAUGCUGUUCCUGUAGGCAACUUUGCGCCGGGGACCGGUCUCGGCGCCGCAGAUAUCUACGGUUUCGAUUUUUAUCCGCUCGGCUGGGAGACUGGUCGUAGGGGUGGCGUUGGCGUUGAGAAGCAGGCGGCGUUUAUCAACCACGAGUUCGCCCGAGUUCUAUACAAACUCAACUAUGGCCUACGGAUCGCUAUUCAAAAUCUUUACAUGAUCUUUGGCGGAACCAACUGGGGAAAUAUCGGCCAUCCAGGUGGCUAUACGUCCUACGACGUUGGAGCAGCCAUCGAUGAGAAUCGCGGGAUCAGUCGUGAGAAAUACAGCGAGAUAAGAUUGCAAGUCAAUUUUCUAUCUGCAUCCCCAGAAUAUCUGACGAUGAAGCCGAAACCCGGCACUUUUGGGGUUUACACGGAUACUAGUGACCUGCUUGUCACGCCAUUAUCAGGAUCAUCCGCAUCCUUUUAUGUUGUUCACCACCGCGACCUUAAGUCGCAGAAGGCAGUGUCUUACAAGCUGAAAGUAAAAACUUCACUUGGUAAUCUCGUCAUUCCACUGCUCGGAGGUUCGCUCACGCUUAUCGGUCGAGAUGCCAAGAUUCAUCUAGUGGACUACGACAUUGGAGGUAUCAAAUUGGUCUAUUCGACCUUCGAGAUGCUAUCCUGGAAACGGACUGGCUCCAAGUCUGUUCUUGUGCUUUACGGGGGCGCGGGAGAGACCCACGAGUUCGCGGUCAAAGCAAGCCUUGGAGCCUUCACGCAAGCCGAAGGCCCUGGUGUCACAAGCAAGAAAGUUGGCUCACUGUCCGUGGUCCAGUGGAAGGUAGACGAUCGCCGCCGUGUUGUCAAAUUUGGUUCACUUGAGGUCCAUCUGUUGUCUCGAAAUCAGGCAUACAAUUACUGGGUCAUUCCACUCCGUGCUCCACAGCCUAAAGGUUUGUACGCAUUGCCCUCUCGGGCCAACGACGCGGUUAUUGUGAAAGCAGGAUACCUGCUCCGGACGGCGGCUAUUGAUGGUGAAACAUUGCGUCUGACAGGAGACAUUAACAGUACAACUGAGAUCGAGUUGAUCACUGCACCAAAGAAGAUCUCCUCGUUAUAUUUCAACGACCAGAAAGUUAUCACCAAGUCUAACAACGGACGCUUAAUGGGGAGAGUGGAUUUCAAGGCGCCUACCAUCACGCUCCCAAACUUCCAAGACAGCCCGUCCUGGAGUUAUGUCAACUCACUGCCAGAGAUUAGCGACGAGAAUCCAUACGAGGAUGAUCUUUGGACUCCGUGCAAUCUCACUGAUACAAACAACCCUAUAAAGCUGUCUACACCUACUUCUCUCUAUGCCUCGGACUAUGGCUAUCAUGCUGGCUCCUUGCUGUACCGUGGCAGCUUUGUAGCCACAGGAAAGGAGGCGGCGAUAGACCUCUCGGUCCAAAGUGGGCAUGCAUUCGCCUACUCUGUAUGGCUGAAUUCAACCUAUCCAAGAUCAUGGCCUGGAUCCCCGAUGGAGAAGUCCCACAAGCAAACGUUCAAGUUCCCCUCCAAACUAGACCCCGACUCAUCUUACACGCUGACCAUACUGAUUGACCAUAUGGGACUGGAGCAAAACUUCUUCGUAGCUUCUCAGCAAAUGAAAGAGCCCCGAGGGAUUCUUGACUACAACCUAGACGGCCGCGACCAAUCCGCCAUUUCCUGGAAGCUCACGGGCAACUUCGGAGGCGAAAACUACUACGAGCAUAGUCGAGGACCGCUCAACGAAAGAGCCACCUAUGCCGAACGGAAGGGCUAUCAUCUCCCCGGGGCACUACUGACACGUUUCCCCAAGAAGUCUCCCUUCCAGGAACUCCCGGCCAAUGGGGCUGGAUAUUACGCCACGCGAUUCGACCUCGCUAUUCCAGCUGGUUAUGACAUUCCGCUCAGCUUUGUCUUCAAGAAGUGUAUGCCUGACGGGGCUCCUGCCAAACUUCGUGUGGUGCUGUACGUGAAUGGAUGGCAGUUUGGGAAAUAUGUCAACAAUAUUGGACCACAGACAAGGUUCCCUGUUCCUGAGGGAAUCUUGAAGUAUGACGGCAUUAACACUGUGGCUCUGAUUGUGUGGACUCAGGAAGACUCGCCCUUGAAGCUAUGUGGGUUGGAGCUUGAGACUGAUGCCAUCAUUCAGAGUGGCUACAGCAAGCCGUCUUUUGUGGAGGGCGACACUUGGAGGAUUAGGUCGGGGAGCUAUUAG